AGACUGUCAUUUCGAGUGCUAAAGAUGUCUUCCUGAUCUGAAGAAUAGCCAGUUCUUGUUCGAGCUUGGUUUGUCGCAUCCAUCAAAUGUGCCAGGCAAUCCUCCACAGUGUGAGGGGCGCCGAGAUUUUCAUCGCCCGUGGGUACCACCUUAUGCAUACUGACAACUCACUCAUCCAAAUUCCCAAGAAGGCCAGGCCACGCCGGGUACUGACACAAAAGCCAUUAUUUGUAUUUCACACACCGGAUAUCAGCCUCUCGUGAUCUGGUCAAAGUGCACUGGCUGUGAUCUCAGCCCCGUUCCAUUUGGCAUUGUGGCCCAAGUCAGCUCGACUCACCACAGAAGCAACUCAUCAAAGACCAGUACGACGACCAAGCAGAAGACGGGAGAGACGACCAAAAGCCCACCAUGUCUCUCACAGCGCGCAUCUCCUUCAAGCAAGCCGACAGCAGCCUGUCCCCGGAAGACAUCCUCGCCCACUCCCUCGGCGUCAUCUUCACCGACGACGUCACGUGCCAGCACUCAUCCGAGGGCAACCUGCUCUACACGUCGCCGCAUCUCCCGCACGAUCUCGAGUUCUCCUUCACCGAGCCGGACAAGUGGGAGGAGAGGAAGCUGUUCAGCCACUACCUCUGGAACGCCAGCCUGCUCCUCGCCGAGCUCAUGGAGGAGGUUGAAGAAGAAGAGGACGACGACAAGGGGAGCAGCGAGUCGCGGCGGCAACGGCGAUGGGAUGUACAGGGCAAGACGGUGGCGGAGGUCGGCGCCGGCACGGGACUGCCGAGUAUCAUGGCCGGACUCCUUGGUGCGCAGACCCUUCUCGUUACAGAUUACCCGUCGCCCGGUGUCAUACAGACGCUGAAGGAGAAUGUGGCGCGCAAUUUGAAGCCGGAGAAUGCGCCGUCCCCCAGAAAGGAGGAUGGAGAGGGGGCAGUGGCCAAGAUCACCAGGGAUGUGCAGGUCCUAGGGCAUGAAUGGGGCCAACUCGACGAGCUGGAGGCGCACAAGGGCCUGUACCACCGUGUGCUGGUCUGUGACUGUCUGUGGAUGCCGUGGCAGCACGUGUCGCUCAUGCAGUCGAUAGCGCACCUGUUGGCCGCAGAUGGCGGGGAGGCCUGGGUUGUCGGGGGGUUCCAUACGGGCCGCGCCCAGAUGAAGGGCUUCUUUGACGCGGAGACGCUCAAAGAGGAAGGGCUGGUGGUGGAACGUAUCUGGGAGAGGGACUGCGAUGGCGUGGAGAGAAGCUGGGAUCCGGAGCGGGAAGAGGAGGAACAGCAUGUCAGGAAGCGGUGGCUUGUGGUGGCUGUCAUAAAAAUGGUUCAGCAGUGAGUGAAUGAACAAAGAAGAAAAA